AUGCGGUCGAUAUCCAGGGGUUUCCGCUCAAAUACCUACAAUUACGGAGCAUCGUUCUCGUAUUUCUGGAUUACAAGCCGGGUACUCUGCAAGAGAUAUGGCUCGUCGUUAGUUAGAAUCGGGCCCAACGAUCUGACUACAGACAACCCAGAUGUUAUUCGCAUGAUAUCGAGCGCCAAAAGCAUAUACCGCAUGGGAGAAGCCAACACGGGAAAUCGAUUCAAUCCAUACAACGAGACAAUGUUCGAAAUAUUAGAACCUGAGCGGCACGAUCAAAUGAAGGCCAAGGUUGCCGCAGCGUACAGUGGGAGAGAUACUCCGGGGCUCGAGUCUAAUGUUGAUGAGCAGAUUAAGAGUUUGAUCCAUCUCAUCCGUCGCAAGUGCAUUUAUCGAGCUGUUGACUCGCGAACACUAUCUAUCGGACGUAUUUCCGGGUUGUUCGCGCUCGACGUUAUCUCAAGUGUCUCCCUGGGAACAGCAUUUGGCUGUCUCCAGAACGAUGCCGAUAUUCACGGGGUUUUUUUUUCGACUCUUCAUGUCCACAUUCCGUUCAUGUCAGUAGCCGUUGACGUGCCGUGGCUCCGGAGAUUGUUUUGCUCGGAUAUGUUCUUGAGAUUGAUGGGACCCAAAGAGACCGAUGCCUAUAGCAUUGAUAUAUAUCUUCUCCAUGCCAGAAUAUCGGAUGACUUACUAAUUGAGACAUACGAGGGUUUGUUUAUCAGGCAUGGACUUAGCCAGGCGGAUUGUGAAAGCGAAGCGCUAUUGAUGUUUAUUGCUAGAUCAGAUACCACUGCUUCAGUGAUCAGAAUCACAAUGCCCCAUGUUCUUUCCAGUCAACAAGUGUACCAGAAGCUCAAGGAGGAGAUCAAACGCGCAGUUACAGAUGGCAAGAUUUCAUCAACAAUUACUAAUGCAGAAGCGAGGGCUUUACCAUAUCUGCAGGCCGUGAUUUACGAAAGUCUGCGCAUACGUCCCGUUGUCUCGGAUCUCGUCUUUAAGGAAGUUCCGGCAAACGAUGGGACCGCGAUUGGCACCAACUUGCCUUCCUUCCUCCUAAAUGAAGAUAUUUUUGAAGAAGACUCGCACAUUUUCCGCCCAGAAAGGUUCAUGAAACUCAAUAGUACUACACUGUCAGAGAUGUGCAGAAAUGUUGAAUUACAGUUCGGGUAUGGAAGAUGGAUGUGCGCGGGAAAACCGCUGGCACAAAUGGAAUUGAAUAAGCUACCUUUUGAGCUCUUUCGUAACUUCGACUUUCAACUGGUCGACCCACAGAAUCCGAUGUCUUCAAAGAGCUUUGUCCUUUGGGUGGAUGACGGCUUGGAAGUGAGAGUCACUGAGUCUGAUUCUGGAGUGUGA